AUGCCGCAUCGCUCGCGAGGCUCCUCGCGGUGGCGACUCUCGUUGCUUGCCACUUUCUACGCGGGACUCGCCCUUGCCACAGCCUCCUAUCACAACCAGCAGUUUCCCAUCCUACCACCUCAGAUCCCCCAAGGAGAGGGCUCCAGCGGAGGAAGCGGGCAACAUGAGUUUACCCUCCGUCAAAUCCACCUCCGCGGUACACACCAAGACCCGGAUCUCCAUUUAAAGCUCGACGUUACUCCAGAGACACGACUAGUGACAAUCGCCGAAGAUACGGGCUUGCCAGAACCUGCCGAAAUAUCACAUACGGAGGCCUUGUCCAUAAAAUCCAACUCAUUAUACAUCCAGAGGCUAGCAGACCGCCGGCCUUCGGUGAUUGAAAGCCAUCUUGAGUAUGCUAGGUCUUCGGGGGCUGCCACCGUCUUGUCUGACGAUGCCUGGGUCAUGGAUGAGAUCGACGGGCCUGAUGUUACCAGCAAGGACACUAUUCUCACACUUGCUAAAAUGACAGCAAACGACUACAUUGGGGAACCGGGCAGUGGUGACUGGAACGUAAUCAGUGGAAAGUUCAACUGGUCAACAAGUUUCGGUUGGCAGGGAGAUAGUUUGAGAGGCCAUAUAUACGCGGACAAGACCAACAGCACUGUCGUCAUAUCGUUGAAGGGGACAUCGCCUGCGCUAUUUGAUGGGGCAGAGACAACAACGAACGAUAAAGUGAACGACAAUCUGUAUUUCGGCUGCUGUUGCGGUCAGGGAAACUCCUACCUCUCGCGUCAAGCGUGCGACUGUUCCACAUCGGUCUAUACAGCCAACUUGACUUGCAUCGUAGAAGCGAUGCAUGAUAGGAACCGUUACUACCAGGCGGCCAUCGACCUAUAUACGAACGUGACCGAAGUUUAUCCCCAGGCUAAUGUUUGGCUCACGGGCCAUUCCCUUGGUGGAUCAAUGAGCGGACUUCUCGGCCUCACAUUCGGCCUUCCAACCGUUACUUUUGAAUCUAUACCGGAUGCGCUUCCUGCGGCGAGACUCGGGCUACCCACCCCUCCUGGCUACAAUCCUUUACUUCCUCAACUACGGACGAACACCGGUAUCUUCCAUGUCGGCCAUACUGCUGAUCCUAUCUAUACGGGAACGUGCAACGGUGUAGGCUCCACUUGCACUUGGUGGGGCUACUCUCUUGAGUCGGCAUGCCAUACUGGAUCAAUGUGCGUCUAUGACACGGUCGAGGAUAAAGGUUGGAGAGUUGGAAUCGGCACACACCGAAUUAAGAGCGUUAUCAAAGAUGUUUUGCUAAAAUACGAUGAAGUUCCACCGUGUGUGCCGGAAGUGGAAUGCUAUGAUUGUCAACUGUGGAAAUAUUUCAAGAGCAAUGGAUCUGAAAUUACUACCACAACCACAACUUUGACAUCAACGUCCACGCCAAUUACCAGAACAUCAACGUGCCAAACUCCUGGGUGGUGGGGCUGUUUGGAUAAGACAACCACUACCGGCAUGCCUAUUACGACUACCGAAGAUAUCACGACCACGACCACGACUUCGACGUCAACUUCAACUUGCCAAACACCAGGAUGGUUUGGUUGCUUGGACAAGACGACUUCCAUUGUUUCUACUACACCAGAAAUCCCCACCGCCACCGCCACCACCACACCAACAUCAACAUCAACAUGCGAAACGCCAGGGUGGUUUGGCUGUUCGGACAAGACAACUUCUAUCAGCUUGUCUAUUACGACCCCACCAGAAGUCACCACGACAUCUAUUUCCGACAAGGGAAAGCGGUAG